CAAAAUUUCAUUCUUUCUCGUUUUCUAUCCUUCUCUCCCUUGAAUCAUCAUCCGUGGAGAAAUCAUCCAAUUUUUUUCUUUCCUCCACGGAUUUGAUAACUUUGUUUCAUUUUCUUGACCUCUUCCUUAAUUCAUGAAACAACAAUAUCCUUGUUUUUCCUUCAAUUGCCUCCCUCUUCAUUUACUUUAUACCCUUUUGUUUUAUUUUUCCUCUCGAUAAGCUCUUUUGGGGGGGAAUUUACAGGUUUCGUGUAAAGUUUUGAGUAAAAGUGCAAUGCAUUUUUAUUUUUGCAGACAAUUGUAGGUUAAAGAAUAUAAAUUAUUACUGGUUGUUUAGGGGUUUUUCCAGAAGAUGCACGUUUAUGUCGCUUGUAAUGUAUAUAGUUGUAGACAUUCAUAAUUUUUUCUAACCUUAUUUUAAUGGUUAGAGAAGCAGUUGCAAGAGACAAGCCGAAACUCAAAUUUUACAGAAAAGUAUUUAUUGAAAGAUGGGGGCAAUUUCGAGGACUAUUUUUCCUGCAUGUGAAAGCUUGUGUUUCUUCUGUCCUUCAUUGAGGGCAAGGUCGAGACACCCUCUUAAACGCUACAAGAACUUGCUUUCUGAUAUAUUUCCUCGAUCCCCAGAUGAGCAACCAAAUGAUAGAAAGAUUGGUAAAUUAUGCGAAUAUGCUUCUAAAAAUCCUCUUCGAAUCCCAAAGAUCACGACUUCGUUGGAGCAAAGAUGUUACAAGGAUCUGAGAAAUGAGCAAUUUCACUCAGUGAAAGUCGUUCUAUGCAUAUACAGGAAAUUAUUGAUUUCUUGUAGGGAGCAGAUGCCAUUGUUUGCAAGUAGCUUACUCGGAAUUGUUCACAUUCUAUUGGAUCAAACACGCCAUAAUGAGAUACGAACAUUAGGGUGCCAUGCUCUAUUUGACUUUGUAAAUAACCAGAUAGAUGGCACAUAUGUCUUCAAUUUAGAUGGUUUAGUUCCAAAACUGUGUGCUUUAGUACAGGAGAUGGGGGAGGAUGAGAAGAUAAAUGAACUUCGGUCAUCAGGGCUUCAGGCUCUUUCAGCCAUGGUGUGGUUCAUGGGCGAAUUCUCUCAUAUUUCAGCAGAUUUUGACAAUGUUGUCUCUGUUGUCUUGGAAAAUUAUGAAGCACAAAAAGGAUCAAAUAAUGAAAUGAUGAACACAAACGUUGAACAAAGUUCCCCUUCUCCCAACUCUGUGACAACCAUCCCCUCGUGGAGAAGCAUUGUUAGUGAGAAUGGAGAACUAAUUAACAUAUCUCUGGAGGAGUCCCAAGCUCCCUCAUUUUGGUCCAGAGUUUGUUUGCGGAACAUGGCUCAACUAGCAAAGGAAGCUACGACUAUGCGACGUGUUCUUGAAUCUUUGUUUCGCUACUUUGACAGUGGUGAUUUAUGGGCUCCUGAUGAUGGUCUUGCCCUCUCUGUACUAUUGGAUAUGCAAUCAAUAAUUGAGUAUUCUGGACAUAACACACAUUUUGUUUUGGCCAUCCUAAUCAAGCAUCUUGAUCACAAGAAUGUUCUAAAGAAGCCUACCAUGCAACUCGACAUUGUUAGUAUUUCCACUUCUCUUGCUCAAGCAACCAAGCCCCAACAGUCUUUAGCUAUUGUUGGCGCAUUGAGUGACAUGAUGAGGCACCUUAGAAAAAGCAUACACUGCUCCCUAGAUGAUUCUGCUCUGGGGAAUGAAGUAAUAGAGUGGAAUCGUAAAUUUCAAGAGGCAGUGGACGAGUGCCUUGUACAAUUAUCACAAAAGGUUGGAGAUGCAGAUCCUAUUCUUGAUGUGAUGGCUGGAAUGUUGGAGAACAUGUCAACCAUUACAGUCAUGGCAAGAACCUUAAUUGCAACUGUUUAUCGUACUGCUCAGAUUGUUGCAGCCAUUCCAAAUUUAUCCUAUCAUGAUAAGGCAACAUUUAACUUCAUUAUUUACUUCUUUGCAUUUCCCGAAGCAUUAUUUUUCCAGUUACUUCGAGCGAUGGUCUAUGAUGAUCACGAAACGCGGGUGGGUGCACAUCGUGUAUUCUCUGUUGUUCUUGUCCCAUCCUCUGUAUGUCCUCGUACCGGAAAUGGUUCUGUAAUAGCAAACAAAUCAGCAGAUAUCCAAAGAAUGCUUUCAAGAACAGUAUCUGUAUUUUCUUCCUCAGCUGCACUCUUCGAAAAGCUAAAACGAGAAUCAAAUUCCUCUAUAAAAAAUACCAAAGAUGAAAGCAAGGAUAAAUUUAUGGAUUGUUAUGAUGGUCCUAUGAAGAAUUCUCCUUCUAUGAUGAGUAGAUUGAAGUCCUCAUAUAGUCGAGCUUAUAGCAUACAGGAGCCUACUCCACCACUGCCAGGAGAUUUGAGUACUAUGAGUGUUACAGAGAAAGAACAGAUAGUAUCCCUUAGGUUGAGUAGUCGGCAGAUAGGACUUCUACUUUCAUCAAUUUGGGCACAAUCCCUCUCACCUCUUAACACGCCUGCAAAUUAUGAAGCCAUUGCUCAUACUUAUAGCCUGACAUUGUUAUUUGCAAGAACUAAGAACUCCUCGAAUGAGACUCUAAUUCGGAGUUUCCAGCUUGCAUUCUCUCUAAAGAGCUUUGCACUUGCAGGAGAAGGAGCAUCAUCUAUGAUUAUUUUUACAUCCAAAGCCUACAACAUUCCUCCACUUGUUUCCACCACUAAAGCUGCAAUGACAGAGAAAACGGCCGACCCAUUUCUCCAUUUGGUUGAUGAUAGCAAGUUACAAGCGGGUAACAUGGAUAUAAAUCAACCAAAUAAAGCUUAUGGCUCCAAGGAAGAUGAUGAGCAAGCAAAGAGGUCACUUUCAGCGAUCGUAACAUCAGAGAGUCAAUCUAAAGAAGCAUUGACAUCUAUGAUAAUAAAGUUUAUUAGACUACCAUCCAAUGAAGAGCCAUCCAUGCGACAACAGUUACUUAGUGAUUUUAUUCCACACGAUUCAUGUCCUCUGGGAGCUGAAUUGUUCAUGGAUGUACAAGAAAGCAAGUCGAUACCAAAAGAAACAAAAAAUGAACAAUCUGACAAGGAGGCAUCAUCAUUGUUCACAAUUGAUGACAAUGCACCAUCAACAACAGAGGGUCAAGCAGAAGUUGAUAAGCAACAAGCUACUGAAAUCCCGAGCCUCAUUAGUGUAGUUGACCUUAUAACUGCAGUGUCUGAAACAACAAAUCAAGUUGGUAGAUCAUCAGUCUCAACACCACCUCACAUACCUUACAUGGAAAUGGCUGGCCAUUGUGAAGCUCUUUCUACCGGAAAGCAGCAAAAGAUGUCUAUUGUAUUGGCCGUCCAUCAGAGGCAAGAAAGCUUGGUAAAAAUAUCGGUCGUUGAGCAAAACAAGCCCAAACAUAAUCCAUUUGAUCUUCCCAUUGAACAGAGUGGAAACCCAUUCAUCAACCAAAACUUCUUUGAAGAUUUGCAACAUGCAUCUAGUGCAAGUGGCACAAUGCUUUGUGGAACUGAGUAUCAACAUCACCAAUACUUCCACUUGCCAGCAUCUAAUCCAUAUGAUAAUUUUCUUAAGGCCGCUGGAUGUUAAAGACUCAAAGAAUGCAUGCAUCAGAUAAAGUUGCGGAACCACCAGAAAUGAUGCUUCGAGAUAACGUUAUAGACAUACGCAAGAGCAUCUUUGUAAACUACCAAAAGGUUGUGUUGACAUCAAUAGGGAAAUGAAGAAAAGAUGCAUCCUUAUGGGAAGAGAUUGCUCCUUAAGAGAAUCAAUAGUCAUUAUUGAUUGCAGAUUGACAAUCAGGUGUCGUUUUGAUGAAAUCGAUAAUGCCGACUAACGUCAGAGUAAUAAGCUUGACCUGAUAUAAUAAUGGCAUGAUUUAGAAGGGAAGUGGUUUCUUUAAAUGUUAUGUGUAAGAAAUGUGCACCUUGACUAAUAUAAAGCUAUCAUUCAUUUGGUUAUUGUAAGAAA